CGCCGUCUGCCGCUGCUGCUGCUGGUGCAGCUGUGUGUCUCUGCUCUGCGCUGCUGGUGCUGCGGCUCACCUGAGCGGCUCCUAACCUGACACACAACACAGAUUUUCUCCUCUGAAAAGUAUCUCCUACUAACUCCAACGGUGUCGGAGCGGAUUACGUGUCCCGACGAGCCCUCUCAUCCCUCCGCUCCAUGGCUGUUGCCGCCCUCCGCCCUCUUCCCCUGGGAGGUAACGUUCAAAGGCUCUGCUCAGCUCGAUGGAUGACCAGCUGAAUGAUGGAGAUGGACACAAUCAAAGGACAUACUCCCUUCAUUGUGACUAGAUGAAGGGACAGCUACCUUCCUCCACCACUGAGGGGACGUACACUGCAGCAUUUUGAUGUUCCUCAGGGUGAACUGAAGCUCCUCAAAGAAUUAGUUGUUUACAAAGAGAAAAUACAGAUUUUUUUUUCAGUUUGCGAAAGACACUCAGAGCAUCGAGCUCAUAUGUUGACAGUUUAUCCCUGUGAUGCUUGUUAUGAGUUGUCCAACCUCAACCAAUGAGCCAGAGAGCUGCAGCAGCGAGGGCAGCAGCUGCAUCACUUCCUCCAUCACCACCUCUGAGCCAUCCUCUAUGUCUGGACACACUCACUCCACCCUACCUUCCCUCAGUGACACCCGGAACACCCAGCAUGAAGCUCCCCCUCCACCUCCCCUGCCACCCCCGCCUCCCGGGGCUCCUCCGCCUCUGCCGCCCCCGGCGACCACGUCCACCAGCCACAACACGAGGAAGAAGCGCCGUGUACGCAGCUUCUUCUGGAAGCCGAUCCCGGAGGAGAAGGUCCGCGGGAAGCCCAACAUCUGGACGCUGGCAGUGCGGCAGCAGCAGUACCAGAUCGACGUCCGCUCUGUGGAGGAGCUGUUCGGGCAGCAGGAGGAGGCAAUGACAGGCAUACGUGGGGGGACGCCGGCCACUGGAACAUCAGCCCGUAUCUCCCGGACCCGGUCCUUCAAAGAGAGCAGCAAAGAUGAGAUCAGUAUCCUUGACUCCAAGAGGGGGAUGAAUGUGGGCAUUUUCCUCAAGCAGUUCAAAAAGUCCAACCGCUCCAUUGUGGAAGACAUACGACAAGGAGAAGGAAAGAUUUACGGAGCAGAGCUGCUCAAAGACCUGCUGAAGCUCCUGCCUGACAUAGAGGAGAUCAAGAAGCUGCAGGCGUUUAAAGGAGAUCCAGACAAGCUGACGCUCGUUGAUUCCUUUAUGUACCUCUUGAUCCAGGUGCCACGGUUCGAGGUUCGGAUCGAGGCCAUGGUCCUACGGGAAGAGUUCUUCCCUUCCUGUGCGUUGAUGAGCCAUGAGAUCGAUGUCGUCCGCGUCGCCACUAAAGAGCUGAUGAACUGCGAGGAGCUUCAUGCCAUUCUGCAUCUGGUGUUGCAGGCCGGAAACAUUAUGAAUGCUGGAGGCUACGCAGGCAACGCCGUGGGCUUCAAGCUGUCAUCCCUCCUCUCAUUGGCUGACACCAAGGCCAACAAGCCCGGGAUGAACCUGCUGCAUUUUGUCGCCAUGGAGGCAAAGAAGAAAGAUGAGAAGCUGCUCAAGUUUCCAGAUAAACUUCACGAUGUCCAGAGUGCAGCCAGAAUAUCAGUGGAGAACAUCGAGGUGGAGUUCUCCUCCUUAUAUGUCCGGAUCAAAUCCCUGGAGGAAAAGGUUCAAGGAGACCCGGAGCUACUGCAGCAGCUGGAGCCCUUCCUGCAGAGUUCAGCACGGACACUUCAGGACCUGAAGAGACGCAGGCUGGAUCUGCGUAAAGAGGGAAACACUCUCAUUGAUUUCUUUUGUGAAGACAAGGACACCUUCAAGCUGGACGAGUGCUUCCGCAUCUUUCAAGACUUCUGCAUCAAGUUCAAGAAAGCUGUUAAGGACAACAUGGACCGCGAGUUGAAGGAGGCGGCGAGGCAGCGUCGGCUCAGAGAAUUGGAGGAAAAGCGCUUUGCGUGGUCCAGUGCAGAUCAGAGCGGGGGAUUCGGUCGGAGCAGCAGCGAGAACGACGUGGAGAUGCUUACCAAGGAAGGCCUACUAGACUUCUUCCAGCAGAGGUCUCAGAGUCCACACAGUCCGCUGGGACGUUCUGCCAGUGCUCGCCGUCACCGUCACACCAUGACCUCGAUAGCAGACCGCGAACUCCAAGGGUACCUGGAGCUAUUUGGAGGCACUGGGAAUCCCACUGACUAUUCCAAGUUUAACAGUCUACCUCGGUCGGGUCGCCCCAUCCAGCGGAAGACGACCCCCUGGAUCUUAGCCCAGGACGACAAUCGUGAGCUGGGGUGCGACAGACAGGUGACAUCUCCGCGUGCAGAAACUGAACCUAUCAGCCCGCUGGCCCGGUUUUCCUCCUCUGGGUUUAACGCUAACGAGGACCCAUACAACAACAAUAAUUACUCAUCUGUGUCCGAGGGCAGCGUUCUGCCUCAUUCCUUUUAUGUCUUUCAGAAGUCCAACCCAACAAUUACCAGCCACAUGAAUUUUAGUGUGGAGAAGCAUACUUUAGUUAGAGGUCCUCAAGCCUUUGAACUACCUAGUCCAAACAAUAACAGCAAUCAUAUGCACUUUGUCAACCAGGGGGAUGUUGUGGUGACUGAUAUGGAAAAGGAGAGACGGUCACCUCCCAAGACUCUGGACAAUCUUCCAGGAGUUUUAGAAAGAAGGCUGGAUCUCAAGUCAGCGUGGCAAGGGAAAAUAGAUCCUCCAACACAGACUGGGAUCUCUCCUGAGGGAGAGAAAGAAGAAGAAGAGAACAGCACAGUUUCAUCAACAACCUGUGAUACUCCCCUCCCGUUAGAUACCUCUGUAUCCAAUAAGAAGCCAGUGUUUUAUAUACUAGACUGCACAGAAACAGACUGCUCCGUUACCCUGGAUUACUCUGAGGGUGAAAGUUCAUCUCUAACGAAAGAGGGACUUAAUUUCAGAACGAGCGACUGCAGCAAAGAUCAGGAGAGCCAGCAAGAUCCGAGCUCCCUGUCCUCUAAUCUGGAGUCCCUGUCUCCCAAUGACCAGUCGGUUUCAACCAAUGAGCUCUCAGCACCAAAAUCUGUGGACGCAGCUUCCAUGACUCCGUCUGCUACCACAGAGGAAUGGGACACAGAGAGCUGUGACACUGCUGAGGGAAAACAAAGUGUGGAGAAAGAUGCACAGAGUAGCAGCAGAAAACCAGUGCAUGCAAAGAGCAAAGCUAUCAAAGCGACCAAGGGCAGCGGAGGACGUGGCGUGCGAACGCUGACCAGCAGCGAGACCCAGGGCAUGCGGAAAGUCGUGCCCAUUAGCAAGCUUGCCAGAGCAGGUAGCAGCAAGCGAGCAGAGAGAACCUUGGCGCAUGAGGGUGGAGAAUCACGUCGGCCUCUGCGUGACCAGAGCACACCAGCCAGAGGACAGAGCGAGAAGACAACGAGACCGCCUCGACACUCCAGUCUGCCUCCAGAUGACUCCAAAGCUCAGAGGAGCCUCACAGGCAGCCUUUCCAGAUGGGCGCGUGAUUCUACCCCAAGAAAGGCCUCCAUUCACAAGCCGAGCGCCAAACCUCUGAGGAACAUCCCCAAGCCUGCACCCGAGGAGAAGAUGUGCCGCUCCACCAUGAGAGCCCUCGCACAGGCUCAAGCUCAAGCUCAAGCUCAAGCUCAAGCUCAAGCUCAAGCCCAGUGUGCAGCUUCCUCUGAGAACAGCAGCUCACACACACUAGGCCCCAAGAACAGCUCCGAUGUUCCCAGCUUUGCCCGCAACACCGUAGCGUCGACUUCCAGGACCAAGAAAGAGAUGGCCACCCCGUCCGUCCCCUCCACCCCAUCUCGCAGCGCCUCGCUCACGGGUCGACAAACCUCUGUGAAGCAGAACAGGUUAUCACCCACAGUUCACGCCAGCGAGGAGCGGCCGCAAGGGACAAACCUGCGACGGGUGCAAAGCAUGAAGGCGGCCAGUCGCAGUGCGUACCGCAGCGAGACUCCCCCUCCACCUCCAACACGUGAAGAUAUUCGGAAGACUAACAGCUUUUCUGAAAAGUCUGUCCAGUCUCGAGACUCGGCCACAUCCAGCAGAAGCUUGAAGCCAAGCUGGAAAUAAAACUGAAAGCAGAGGAAAGUGACUGAAUAAAGACAAGUAGAUAGAGGCAACUUUUCCCCCCUGUUUGAUGUAAAUUGAUAUUUGCUCUCCGUCCCCAUUUACAGACUUUAAAACUCCGAUCAUAUCAUGCAAAAGACAGGAAUCUGAAAACAAAAAAACCUUAAGCUUUCUCACCUUGUAAGAUUCCUUCAGUAGCUGACAUCAGGGUUAUAAAUUGCAAAGAGCAAGAUGCAAUGAACUCCACGUGUUUUUGUUUUGUUUGUACAAAGACUGUUUUCACAGGUUCCUUUUUUGGGGGAGGGGGGGGGGCCAUUAACUAAACUGACAAACGGCGAAUUAGUGUUUUUUCACCGGAGCCUUUUUGCCUGCUUAGCUGCGUAUGUACCAUAUGUGCUGGUGUCUGUGAUGAUGUUGAUGUACAGUAAGUAAACACUACUGACUAUAUAAUGCUGCUAAUUAGCUCUGACAAUUUGAGACUGAGUUUCAGUGUCUUUUUCAUUCAGGGUCACAAGAUUUGUUGUACCUUACCUUGCUGCUGUUAUAGUGUCUUCUAGUUGUGUUGCAUCCUCCUGUAGAGCACCGCUCUGUUUGCUUUUCGGUUCUUUUGCUUGAUACCUCAGAAAGAUCGCAGUGGCCUUUUACCAGCAGAAGAAAUAGAAUAUGUUCAUUUGGUUCUGCAUGACAAAGAUGUAGACGAGAUCUGAUCAGUUACUGCAAUGUCACUUUUUACAAAAGCCCUGAUAUAUUAAUAUUACUACAAUAUAUAAAGUCACAGAUUAUACACCAGUAUAUCCAAACUGUGGUACUUCUCGUACCUUGUGUAUGUAUUUGUCAGUAGUUUGUAAAUGUUUUAGAACUCCUCCAUAAUAUCAUGGAGUAGAUGUGCAUGUAGGAAAUGUUUCCUAUGUACAGUAGGCUAGUACACGAUCAACACUAAUGCUGUGAAAGAAAAGCAUUGAACGCACCUGAAACAACACUGAAAAUAUCACCUUCUACAUGUGAUUAUUUUGACAGUCUGAUCUAAUUUUUUCUACUGUGAAUGUAGUCAUCUCAUAUCAAAGGCCUGCACCUUUCUUGACAAGGUUAAAUUGCAACAAAAACCCAAACUUGUCAUAAUCCAGCCUGGUUCCAGUUUGUGCCUCUCAUGUAUUGCUAUUACAUUCAAAGCACAGAGAUGAACAUCUGUUUUUCCAUAAAUACCUGGUGAUCUUUGAAAGACCCAGAAGGUCAUUACACAGCAGUUACUGAUGCUCUGAAGUGAAGUAGGGCUGCAACUAACAAUUAUUUUCAUUAUUAACUAAUCUGCUGAUUAUUUUCUAGAUUAAUCGAUUAGUCGUUUGGUCUAUAAAAUGUCAAAAGAUCGCUGUUUCCCAGAGAGACAAGCUGAUGUCCUCAAAUGUCUUCAUUUGUCCCAAAGAACAGCCCUAAACCCAAAGUCUUAGAGGACCAAAGACAUCAGAAAAUAUUCACAGAGAAAAUUUGAGAGAUUUUUUCUUAUCAAUUCUAAUCAAUUAAUUGGUAGUUAAUUGGUGGUUGCAGCUCUACUCCAAAGGUAUUUCCAAGAUCCUCAAAGACUUUUCUAACUAUCUGGAUGAAAAAAUAUUCCUCCAGCUACAUAAAAAAAGAAAAAUAUUUAACCCAUCUCUCAAGUUGUGCUUCUUUUCUCUAAUCCAAACAAAGACUGUCUGUGCUCAGUUUAUACGAUGUGGAACAAAAUGAAAAAAGUUUUAUUAUCAGUUUUAGUGUAUUUGUCCAUAUUGAUGUUACAUUGUAUUAUUUUGUAUAUUCAUACAAAUGACAUGUUGAUAUAUUUCUUGUGUCAUACAAAAUGAGCAAGAAGAUUUGUAUCUUUAGUUUACCUGGAUAGGUUAUAAUUUCAAAAAGGUUCUUGCACAUCAUUAAGUCUUAAUAGGAUCAAAAACUCUUGACUCUUUGAAAAGAAUCCUGCACACUGUCCAUCACUUGAACUCACUCGAUUAACACAAUGUUUUGGUCCUCAUACAGACAAACGUCUGUCUGUAUGUGUUUGUAUUUGAUGAAGGUCUCAAGAGUGAAACGUUGAGUUCAAGUGAUAGACAGUGCGUGGGAUUCUUUGGUUUUCUUUUCGAGUUUAACUGAAUAAGAAAAGUAGCCACAAGAAUCUUUAUUAUUGUGCAUUAGACAGAACAUUUAUCCAUCCAGAUGAUAAGAAACAUCUUUAAAUAUUGUGUGAAUGCCUUCAGAUCAGCAGUAAGUGUUGUUUAAUGACAUUCUGUGCUUUUCAAAGACCGUCUGUUAUCUAAUUUUUUAAAGGAUGCUUAGCUCUGUGACUGGACUCUAAUAGUUAUACAUGAGAGGCACAGAUUCAUCCCUGUUGACCAUUUCACACCACUUGCCUUUCAAACUGCAUUGUGCCUCGAUGGCAACUACACACAUAACAGUGCAUUGCCUUAAAGCUUAAUGUAGCCGAUCCAUCACCAGUAGAAGCUCCUUGAUUGUAAAACAAGAGUAGAAAUCUUUCCUACAUUCCAUCACGCUGAACUGAAACAGUGACUCAACUGGUUAGUGAUUCACUUUGUAAAUAAUGUAAAGACAUAGUAUUUUUCUGACUAUCAACAUGUUUACAUAGCAUUGAAAAAAAAAGGAGGGUAAAAGAGUGAAGUAUAUGUUUGAGCACAGAUAUUUAAAAAACGGUCAAAGCGUCCAUAUCUUCCGUCAGAUGUUGAGAGCCCUGGCCUGCAGUGUGUUGACAUGCUGUGCGUGUCUUCCUGUUCCCUGUGAUGCAAAUGAAGUUGAUGAUCCGAUGACACAAAAGGCCCCAGUAUGACAUGUGACUGUGUGUGUGUGGCCUGCAUGUAGCCUAAAUUUAGAUCCACUUUCACAUAGUAAAGUAAUGUAGAACUGGAAGUAAUGAUUACUUUCAUGAAUGAUUGAUCUGACUUAUUUUCUUGAUCGUUUGGUCUAUAAAAUUUCAGAAAUUUGUGAAAAAUGCUCAUUACAAAGCCCAUCCUAAAGCCCCCAACUUUUCUUUUCUUUUUUUUUUUGUCUGUCCAACUGUCCGUACCCAAAGAUAUUCAGUUGCCAUUCACAGAAGAUUUUUGUUGGUUAUAAAACAUUUGAGAAGCUGGAAACAAAGAAUUUUUGUCAUUUUUGCUUAAAAAAAAUUACUCGCAUGAUUAUUCAAUUAACCACUUUGUUGCUGAUUAUUUUUCUGGCGAUCGAUUAAUCAACUAAUUGUUUCAGCUCUAAAGAAAUUACAUUUCAAAUUAGUAAUGAGCUUGUGCCUGGGUGUGCCGCAGCUCGUCAGCUUCCACUGCCAUUCAGCCUUAGAUUAAGAUAUCUUAAACUGAGCGACUUUGAUUUUGACUUUGGAAACAGCAGCCUGACGUGGUUGAAAGCUCUGGAAAAAGCUCUCAAUGGAUAUUGUGUUAGUAUUUGUCAAACCUACUCCAGAUCUUUUAAAGUACAACCUCUUGUAAACGCCGGUCAAAAAUCACAGAUUGUUGAAUAUAAUCUACAAUUUUAACAAUUUAUAACUUUUACACCUAACAGCAACAAAUUUGUUCAUCUGAAUUAAGUUUUGUGUACAUUUGGAUUAUGGAUCAGGCGGUUUUAAAAAGAGGACACACCAACUAUUAUUCUACUUCCAGAGCUGUGGAGCUGCUGUUCUCCUCACAUGGACACAAUUUACACAAUAAGUCGCAGUCUUCAGCCUUUUAUCGUCCUCCUUUGUGUAUCCCACAAUGCACCCUGGUGACACCUUUUUAACAGCCCCGGGCAUUACAAUGGGUGCCCUUUACAUUACAUCUGACUGGCUUACAGCAGCAGAGCUGGUGUGGAAUUUGCAUACUUACUUACCCUUUUCAUCACUUCCUUGUUACAGGGAUGGUUACCAUAGUAACUCACCCCAAACAUUAAUUACCAUUGCUGACUAAAAGCCCCGCAAGAAGGUCAGAAAUGUUGUUAUAAAUCCCCAGAAAAGACAAAAUUGCAUUGUCUAAUAUCAUUUUACGUAAAGCUGCUCACAAAUGGGACUUUAUAUUAUUUAGAGUGAAUCUUUAUUUGGCUCUUAAAUAAUUUCCUGCACAAUUGCUGAUUCUGUAGUUGUACUAUCGUAUUCCCUGAUGAUUAAAUGUGUCUUGUUUUUGGCAUAAAUUUCCCCAAGGAUGUCUUUAGUACACUGGAAAGGAAUGACUAGUUACAAUAGGGUGUUUUUUUUUACUCUGAUGUGAUUCUUUGUGAUGAGAGUCUUGACGCGUCGGCUGUAGUUUUCACUCCUGAGUCAAAUAAAUGCUCUGCUGUUCUGCUUGGUCUGUUACAAUCUCACGAUGACAAAGAAAAGAUUGAUCACAACAUGGAGCAAAUGAUGAUAUCUGAUCACUGUAGACCACAGGGCUGCAAAUUGUGAUGUUACUCUACUGCAGUUUCUAUUUUCUGAUGAUGACAUCAAAGAAAUAAAUAAAAUCACAUGUUGCUGUGUAAACUGA